GGACCGGGAAUAGACCGGGGAUGGACCGGGGAUGGACCGGGAGUUCUGAGCGGGGGGUGCAUGGCCAGGCUGCCCGGGGGUCCCAAGGUUCGGCACGGCCGGGGGGUCCCGGGGUGACCGUGGCCAGGGGUCCCUGCCCGGCCGGGGGUCCCAGAGGGUCCCUGCAGUGCCCCCCUGCUUCCCGGAGGGUCCCAGCCCGGUGGCUUCACACGGGGGUGUCCCAGCGAGUGUCACCCCGGGGUGUCCCCAGCAGGGACAGAGCAGGGCACAGCCCCGCGGCUGGCUCUGCAGGGCUGUCCCCAGGUGUCCCCAGCCCCGGUGACCCCCGGGGUGUCCCCAGCAGGGACAGAGCAGGGCACAGCCCCGCGGCUGGCUCUGCAGGGCUGUCCCCAGGUGUCCCCAGCCCCGGUGACCCCCGGCUGUCCCCGCAGGCGGUGAUGGGGGUGCAGGUGGUGGUGACCCUGCUGGCCGCCAGCCUGAUGCACAGGAUGGCCCCGCACUGCUCCUUCGCCCGCUGGCUGCUCUGCAACGGCAGCCUGUACAGGUACAAGCACCCCUCGGACGAGGAGCUCUGCGCCCUGGCCGGGAAGCAGCGCCCCAAGAGCAGGAGGGACAGGAGGGCCAGCGGGGUGGCAGAGGACAAACCCCUGUCCGUGCCCCGCGACAUCGAGCUGCAGCUGGACACCAGCCCCAUCACGGCCGUGGACGCGCUGGUGCUGCGCUAUUUCCCGGAGUACCAGUGGUUCGUGGAUUUCUCCGUCUACGCCGGCGCCGUGUACGUGUUCAGCGAGGGCUACUUCAGCCUGGCCAGCGCCGGCAGGGAGACCAACCUGGGCGUGCUCUGGAGCCUGCUCACCGUGCUCUUCUCCGUCAAGGUUUUCUUCACGGUGAUGCGUCACUAUUUCCGCUCGGAGGAGGGCGGGGAGCGCUCCGUGUGCCUCAGCGCCGCCUUCUUCUUCCUCCUGCUCGCCAUGCUGGCCCUGGUGGUGCGCGAGGAGUACCUGGAGUUCGGCCUCGAGGCCGGCCUGGCCGGAGUCUCCUCUAACCUGGAGCCCAUCCUGAAGCCCCGGGGCUGGGAGUGGACGCUGCCGCUGGCCAGGCUGGCCUUCAGGCUGGGGCUGGCGGCGCUCUGCUCCUUCCUGGGGGCCUGCCUGACCUUCCCGGGGCUGCGCCUGGCUCAGACACACCUGGACGCGCUCAGCAUGGCAGCCGGCAAACCCCUGACACAGGUCCUGCUGCACGUGGGGUUCGUGGCUCCCGUGCUCGUGGUGCUGCUGUGGGUCCGGCCGCUGUCCCGGGAUUUCCUGCUCCAGGCCCCGCUGGGCAAGGAGACGGUGCAGAUCCUGUCGGACUCGUCCUUUGACACGCUGCGGCUCUGGGCCGUGGUGGCGCUGUCGCUGCUGCGCCUGCUGGGGACGCGCCACCACCUGCAGGCGUACCUGGGGCUGGCCGAGCGCUGGGUGCGCCGCAUGCGGCGGCAGGCGGGGCGGAUCCCGGCCCGAGAGAUCCAGCAGCAGAUCACCAGGAUUUACUGCUACGUGUCCGUGGUGAGCCUGCAGUACCUGGGGCCCGUGAUCCUGACGCUGCACUGCGCCCUGCUGCUCAAGACGCUGGGUCACCACUCCUGGGGGCUGUACCCCGAGUCCCCCGCCGUGUCCCCAGCAGCACCGGUGGCCCUGCCACGCCCCGAGGGUGAUGGGGAUGUGCAGGUGGUGGUGCAGGAGAUCUCGGGGGUCCUGGGCUGCAUCUUCACCCCCCCCUUCUUCCGAGGACUCUUCUCCUUCCUCACCUGGUGGGUGGCCGCCUGCCAGGUUGUCACCAGCCUCUUCGGCCUCUACUUCCACCAGUACCUGGCAGCAUCCUGACUGGGAGGGACUGGGAGGGACUGGGAGGACUGGAGGGACUGGGUGCUGCUGCCUUGCCUGGUUGUGCCACUUUGAGGACACACGUGGGGACAUUGGUGCCACCAGGACGGGUUUUGUGUCACCGCUGUGCCUGCCCCCUGUGGGGACACUCCAGUGCUGCCUUAUCCUGGAGGGCAGCGGCUCCUGGCAUGCUGGGGACACGGUGGGGACAUCCAGGAGUGGCAGCUGGAGUGGCCAGCAGAGAUUUCGGGGUGUUCUCAGCUGAGGCUGAGGGGUUUUUGUGGGGUCUCUGCACCCCCUGUGCUCCGUGUGACCCCUCAGGCCCAGCAGCCUCGGGGGUGGCUGCUCCACAAUAAACCAGUGACACCAA